AUGACCAAAGCUGAAAUGAAGAAAUUCUUCUGCACCAUUUCACCACACCCACCGUAUUCCCCAGAUCCGGCUUCCUCGGAUUACCACCUUUUCUCCUAUCUCCAACGUCAUCUGGAUGGUCAAGACUUCCAAACUCGCGACGACAUCAAAAAGGCACUCGAGCAGUUCUUCAAGGAACAGUCCCCAGCGUUCUGGAGCAAAGGCAUCUAUGAUCUGCCCAGACGUUGGCAGAAGAUCAUCGAUGCCAAUGGGGUAUACUUCAAAUGA